UGCUCAACAAAUUGGGUUACUAUUUCCGCAAAAAUAAAUAUUGUAGUUUACAAUAAAGUCAAGUCUUGGGACCAGUGAGGGUAUUUGACAACAAAAUUGCUGUAGCAGCCGGUACAUAGAAAGAAAAUAUUUUUCACCAUCACACAACUAGUAAAAUGUUUAAGGAUGAAGUAAGGAAUCGUAGAACAGAGCACAUCCAGCAGACAGUGAGGACUGGCAUGUCAAGGCUAGAAAAUGUCAUGGGUGAUUCUGUCAUGAGGUUUCGUCACAUGCCAUCAAGGGCUAAAGUUUUAAUUUUUAUAUCUGCUGUCUUGUCUUUGUUUAUUUACCUUUACCUCGCUAAAUGGUUAUUUCAAAGUGACUCUGAUCAAGAUUUUGAAAGUUUGCUGGAGACAGAAAAAUGUCCUGCCUGCUAUGGAGGCUCUGCCUGUGGCCUGAUCUAUUACAAGCAAAUACAAUUUUCUGGCAUGUCUAAGUACAGAGUUCUUGAUAUAUUAAAUGGCAAAAAUGUACAUGUGGGAUCAAUAAAGCCGAGCGGGAAAGAAAUUGUUAUGAAGAAACUCGCAACUGAUACAGAAAUUAAGAAAUUGGAUGUGAGGAUUUGUAAAGAAGCUCUGCGGCAAGAAGAUUGUGAUGUCGCUCGGGUCAUACCUCGCACAAAUUUGUCUCUCAGUCUGCAUUCUGGACCCAUCAAACCAGAACUUCUUCGCGACACGGGGGCGUUUAUGUUUGCUUGUCCCAGUUAUAGACUGCUGGACAGGAUGUGGACUUACUUUCAAGAGUUUAAGAAAAAGGAUGAAAUAUUUAUGUCAGACAAGAUGCAGGUUCUUUAUUCUGCUUUGGCUAAUGGUGAGGUGUUGAUGUUGCAAACAUUCCCCAAAUCUGAAGGCUGGCCAUUCCCUGAGUACCUUGGCUCAUGUGGGAGAGUUGUGGUGGUGGAACACGCAGGUCGGCCAUUGUCAGAUUUUGUUUCAUCAUCAUUCCAAAUUAGGGCCGGGAUCGCCUAUGAAUUACUGAACAUAGCAGAAAAGUUGACCACUAUGUCAGACUAUGGUCUCUACCUGACAGAUGUAAACCUUGAAAACUUUGCCGUUGACUACAGUGGAAAAGUUACUGUCAUUGAUCUGGAAAACAUCAUCGUUGUUGAUAAGCUGGCAAUUCAAGCCAAAAAACCCAAAGGCUGGAAUGAACCUCUGGAGUCUCCCUUCAGUGAUUGUGAUGGGAAAAACUGCCUUAUAUUUAACAGAGAUGAAAUGUGUGUUCGCCUGAACAGUGACCACAACUACAACGCCAUCUGUAGGAACCUGCUCUCCCACUACGCUGUCGAGGACAGAAUGCCAAAUGGUUUCCUGCACAGCAUGCCAACUUCUGCUGAAGACUAUUGGGAUUUGAAAAACUUACUGGAAGAAUGUGCAAGGCCAAUCCACAAGGAAGGAAGGUGGAAAGUGAAAGAUAAAAUUCUUCAUGCCUUGAAAGCUUUAAGAGAUGGGGAUCAGCAGCAUUUAGACACCAACCGCGCUCGGGAUAGGCAGAUGUGAAGGCUUUAGGUGUGGUUGUGACGGAUCUAUCUAUUGGAUCAUUUUAUUCAGCAUUUUACAAUUUAAUGUUUUAACAAAUCUGGCUUCAGUUAAUAAAACUCUUAGAGGGUUAGCUUGAUGUAUUUUUCCUCCUAUUUCCAUCUUCAAAAUGUCCCUCUGAGAGCAAGACAAGCCUGAUGCUAUAUUAUUGCAUUUAACUUUGUACCCAGUUUGGUAUUGAACCUUAGUACAGCUUGUUAGUUUUGUUAAACUGCUUCAUCCAACAUGUGACCCAACUAUUGGUAGAAUCAUUUACCAAGAUCUCUAAGUUGUAUAAAAACAUACAAAUUGUCAAAUAUCUCUCUCAUAUUUCUGUACUUAUAGUACAGGUACUUCCAUCUUUCUACAUUCCCAGGGGAAAGAACUGUCAUAAACAUCUUAUAAACAUCAUUUUUCUAUUUUAAAAAUUGUACAUGAUUUGUUACAUCUUUAAAUCUACCAUACUUUCUUUCAGGAAAGAAUGUGUAAUCAAUUGUUUUUAAAUAUGACAGAUUGUUAUAUUUAUACAACUGUUUUAUAUACUGUGUAAAUAAAA